CAUCACCUCUAUCAACUCGAUACAAUGACACUGGAGAAUUUCAAGGACGCUCGACUGAUGCUCGUCACCGUGGUGUACCUGAGCCUCUUCCUGGAUAAUGUAUUACUUACGGUGGUCGUACCCAUUAUCCCGGACUACCUGUCCACUGUAUCAGAGAAUUCAAGCCACUUGGACAGCAACCAGGACGCCAAGAUUGGUUUUUUACUCAGCUCAAAGGCCUUUGUGCAAUUAAUACUGAAUCCGGCGGUUGGUUCUUUCACCGGUAGCGUUGGAUACUCCAAGCCACUCUUCAUCGGAAACUCCUGCCUCCUCCUCGCUUCCUUGUUAUACGCAUUCGGACAGACGUACGAGUUUCUGUUCCUCGCACGUAGCAUUCAGGGAAUAUCAUCAGCAUGUAUUGGAGUCUCGGGUAUGUCCCUUGUGGCUUCCCAAUAUACAGAGGAAAGUGAACGAUCGAAGGUGAUGGGUUUUGUCCUAGGGAGUAUAGCCCUCGGGGUGCUCGUUGGUUACCCAAUAGGUUCCAUACUCUACGAUAUAGAAGGAAAAAUGGCACCUUUCCUGGUUGUCUCCACCCUCACAUUCCUGCCGAUAUGCUUGCAGAUGCUCGUUGGAGACUCCGUAUCCAAGGGGAUCAUGAUGGAGCAGUCGGAGGGAAAAACAAACUGGAGGAAAACUCUGACUCAGUGGAAAAUUUUAACAAUCACUGGUGCUAUUUUUUUAUCCACUUUACCAAUGGCCACUUUGGAGCCAUGUCUGCCCAUUUGGUUAAGGUCUUACAUCAAGCCGAAGAAAUGGCAACUGGGGACUGUUUUUAUCCCGGACAGCGUGGGAUAUCUUGUUGGAACAAAUUUCUUUGGCGUGAUAGCUUAUCGCUGCGGUCGCUGCAGAACUGCGGUGUUCGCCAUGUGUCUUUUAGGCGUAAGCACUAUCCUCCUACCAUCAGCAAAAUCAAUUUCCCAGCUUGUGGUACCUCAUCUGGGUCUCGGCCUUGGGAUAGGGGUGAUUGAUGCUGCCUUGGUACCAUUACUUGCUAGUCUUGUCGAUCAGAAUGGAAACUACGGGACCGUCUAUUCGAUACAGCAGGUUGCAGUCAGCCUCGCUUACUCUCUAGGUCCCAUUGUGGGGAGUGAAUUGGUCCAAACGAUUGGCUUCUCCGGUGUGAUGAGAACAAUCGGUCUGUUGAAUCUCGUCUAUUGUCCCUGUCUGAUCUACUUGGCGAUGGUGAGAAAUAAACAACCCCUAGGUAACAACGAAGACAACAAGAGAUACAACUCGACGAUAAUAACUGCACCCAAGUACCAGAUAUUCCAGGAGUCCGACGACGAUCUCUGAAUCUCCAACGUCACCAGCAAAAUCAAUCAAUCGAUUCUUGUCUCUUGAUUAAAGACUCCAGUAUUUAUUUUGUGAAUUCUG